GUCUGCCCGUGUCGGCUGCAGCGGGGCGCUUAUGGUCGGUGGUUGCGCCCAGCGGAGCGCACGGAGAUCGGAAACGCAUAUCGGCUGCAGCGCUGCGCACACGGUCGGUGGAGACGCCCAGCGGAGCGCACGGAGAUUGGAAACGCGCCAUGGAUUCGAUAACCUUUGAGGAUGUGGCUGUGUACUUUACCCAGGAAGAGUGGGCCUUGCUGGACAUUUUCCAGAAGAAUCUCUACAGAGAUGUGAUGCAGGAAACCUACAGGAACCUGACUUCUCUAGGAACAGAAUGGGAACAGUGGGAUUUGGACACUUACUACAGAAGUCUGAAGAGAAACCUGAGAAUCCAGAUGGUAAAGAGAGACCAUGAACUUAGAGACAGUGACCAAGGCAGAGAAACCACAGCUCAAGAUCCAGUCGGUAUCACAAGCAAGAAAAUGCCCGGACCAAAGCUUCCUGAAUGUCAGUCAUCCCUAAAAAGGCCUGCUACGUUCAACCCUCAAAACAGACCAUGUGACUAUCAGAAAUAUGUAAAGAAAUACUGUGAGUGUAGAGCAUGUGGUAAAGUCUUUACCUGUCCCAGCUCCCUUAAAAAUCAUAAAAAGGUCCACAGUAGAGAGAAACCUUAUAGAUGUCCGCAUUGUGAGAGAACCUUUAGUUAUCACUUCUGGGCUGAAAGGCAUAUGCUGACUCAUAGUGCAGACAGGCAUAAAUGCAAGCUGUGCGGGAAAAUAUUUCCUAAUGCUGAUACCCUUCGGGGUCAUAGAAAAAUUCACUCCGGAGAGAUGCCUGAAUGUAAGGAUUGUGGGAGAAUGUUCUGGACUUCCAGCUCCCUCGAGUUGCAUAAAAGGCUUCAUACAACAGAAAAACUUUAUGAAUGUAAACACUGCAGGAAAACCUUCAAGAAUUAUUGUUCCUUUAGACUACACGAAAGGAUUCACACUGGGGAGAAACCUUAUGAAUGUAAGCAGUGUGGGAAAACCUUCCGACAUUCCAGCCAUGUUAAAGCACAUAAGAGAACUCACACUGGAGAGAAGCCCUAUGAAUGUAAGCAGUGCGGGAAGACCUUCACUUCUGGGCAUUGUGCAAGAAGACAUUUAGGGACUCACAGUGGAGCCUGGCCUUACAAGUGUGAGGUGUGUGGGAAAGCUUAUCCGUAUGUCUAUUCCCUUCGGAAUCAUGAAAAAAGCCAUGCCGAAGAGAAACUUUAUGAAUGUACGCAGUGUGGGAAAACCUUUAAGUACCGUGCUUCCUUACGAAACCAUUUGACCACUCACACGGGGGAGAAGCCGUAUGAAUGUAAGGAGUGUGGGAAAACCUUCAGCUGUGCCAGUUACCUUCAGAAUCACAUGAGAACACACGGGCAGCCCUACAAAUGUGAAGAGUGUGGUAAGGCGUUCUCAUACUCCAAGAGUCUUCGAAAACACAUGAAUGUACACAGUCGAUUGGUGGGAAGCUUUAAGUGAGUUAGAGGUCGAUUUAAGAAGAAGAAGUACUCCACACGUUCAAGCUCAUGUUCAAAAUGAGCCUGUGAGUGCAGUGAGUCUGCAUUGGUUUCGGUGAGAUGGGCCACAGCUUGUGCCAAAGCCAAUGAGUUGAAAGCUGUUGGGAAGCUUUUGAGCACUGUGGACUUAACUGGAGAUGGAUACUGACCUGGGAAAGCUUUUUGCUCAUUCUUUGUUUGUUUGUUUUUUUUUCUUUUUCUUUUUUUUUUUUUGGAUUUUCAAGACAGGUUUCUCUGUGGCUUUGGAGCCUGUCCUGGAACUAGCUCUGUAGACCAGGCUGGUCUCGAACUCACAGAGAUCCACCUGCCUCUGCCUCCCAAGUGCUGGGAUUAAAGGCGUGCGCCACGGCUGCCCGGCUUUCUUGAUGGAUACAUGGGAUGACAGUGGAGAGAAAGUCUAUCACUGUUAGCAGAAUGGGGAACAUUUUUCCUUGAAUUUCAGUGUGGGGAAGUCUUCACUAGCCUCCACCACAGACCCAGACUGUACAUGGAGGAACACUUGGACUCCUACAAUGUUAACUAACAUGUUCAAGUCCCCAAAUCUCAUAACCCUAAGAAGUAUAAAACCCGCUGGUGUCAGUAUACUGUGGAUUUCUGAUUCUUAGUCAUAAUUCUGUUGCUGCUUUUUGUGUAGUUAUAACUUUUAAGUACUUUGGUAAUUAUUGGAUCAGUAAAAUCUGACUUUGUAAAUGUCCAGAUUUUUGCCAUAGUCCUCGACUGUUCAGGUGUGGCUGUACUUGGUCAUUUGUUUUCUAAUAAAAAUGUCUU